AACAAAUUGUACGAAGAAGCACAGUGGGAGACUAGUAAGGUAGGCUUCAAUGGCAGCAGAGAGUGGUGAAAACAAGAACAGCUUCAAUAGAUAUGCUUGUUUAUGUGCUAUUAUUGCAUCUAUCAUCUCCAUCAUUUUUGGUUAUGAUACCGGAGUAAUGAGCGGGGCCAUGAUAUUCAUAAAGGAGGACCUGAAAAUCAGUGACGUGCAAGUGGAAAUACUGGCUGGAAUUCUAAAUAUUUGUGCUCUGGUUGGUUCUUUAGCUGCAGGAAGAACGUCUGAUUAUAUUGGACGCAGAUAUACAAUCGUUUUAGCUUCAAUAAUUUUCUUGAUCGGUGCAGUUCUAAUGGGCUAUGCUCCGAACUAUGCCAUUCUAAUGACAGGAAGAUGCACUGCCGGAGUUGGUGUUGGCUUCGCCCUUAUGAUCGCUCCAGUUUACUCGGCAGAGAUUUCAUCUCCUUCCACCCGUGGCUUCUUAACGUCCUUGCCAGAGCUUUGCAUCAGUUUCGGCAUUUUACUCGGUUACACUUCCAAUUACUUGUUUGGAAAAUUGACUUUGAGGCUUGGCUGGCGGAUGAUGCUGGGCGUCGCCGCCGUCCCUUCCCUCGCUUUAGCUUUCGGUAUACUGAAAAUGCCCGAGUCUCCCAGAUGGCUAGUGUUAGAAGGUCGAUUAAAAGAAGCCAAGAAAAUCUUAUUACUGAUAUCCAACAGCGAAGAAGAAGCCGAAUCUAGGUUCCACGACAUAAAAAUAGCAGCAGGGAUCGAUCCGGAUUGUGUUGAAGAAGUCGUCAAGCCACCUAACAUCCACCAUGGUCAAGGCGUGUGGAAAGAUCUUUUUAUAAGGCCGACACCGGCCGUUCGUCGGAUUCUAAUCGCCGCCAUCGGAAUCCAUUUCUUCGAACACGCAACAGGGAUCGAAGCAGUCGUUUUAUACAGUCCAAGAAUCUUUCACAAAGCUGGAGUCACGAGCAAGAACAAGCUUUUGCUCGCCACUGUCGGGGUCGGCCUUACAAAAACAACCUUCAUUUUAAUCGCCACGGUUUUCCUCGACAAAGUCGGGAGACGACGGCUUUUAUUAGCCAGCACCGCAGGAUUGGUCGUAUCCUUGUCAGGGUUAGGCUUUGCUUUAACAAUGGUGGAGCUGAACCCUGGUGAGAGGCUUGUAUGGGCAUUAUGUUUAAGCAUUAUAUUCACAUAUCUAUAUGUGGCUUUCUUUUCCAUAGGACUUGGUCCCAUCACAUGGGUCUACAGCAGUGAAAUAUUUCCACUCAGGUUAAGGGCACAAGGGGCCAGCAUUGGUGUGGCUGUUAAUAGGCUGAUGAAUGCCAUAGUUUCAAUGAGCUUUAUCUCAAUCUAUAAAGCCAUUACCAUUGGAGGUGCUUUCUUUAUGUUUGCAGGAGUAUCUCUAGUGGCCUGGUGGUUUUUCUUCUUCCUAUUGCCUGAAACCAAGGGGAAAUCCUUGGAAGAGAUUGAGAUACUCUUCACCAAGAACACAAGGCAUGAAAACCAGGGCUUAGAAAUCCAACCAACAACCAGUAAUAGUGUUUAGUAGGGCUUAAAUUAGUAUGUUUAAAGUGAUUCUUAAGCAAAAACUAGCAAAUUUCGACUUGUAUUCUAUGUAAAAUGAAUACUAGUUUAUAUGCAAAAUCACGUUGUACCGGUUUGGUUAAGUUUUUAUGCAAACCCGAACCCGAUGUGAGAUAUACAUAUAGUUUAUUACUUGCUUUCCAGUUGGUCUC